AUGGUCCUGAAGUUUCUUAGACAGUGGCCAUCACUGGAUGCGAUCAGAAUGUUUAUUAAGAACAAAUGGGGUUUGUCUGGCUUGGCUAUUGUUUCGUCUAUGAGAAAGCCGCGGAAUGUGUUUGUCCGAUUGACGUCGGAGGAGGAUUUCAAUAAGGCUUUCUCGAGGGAAGUUUGUGACGUUGACGGCGUGGCUUAUCGUCCUUUCCAUUGGUCCCCAGAUUUUUCUGAAGAAGAAGAGCCUUCAGUGGUUCCUGUUUGGAUUUUCCUUCCAGGUUUGGCUCCAAAUUUUUAUCACCCAUCAAUCCUGAAAUGUCUCACGGCACCAAUAGGGAAGUUUAUACGGUGUGAUAACUCUACGCGGUGUGCAACCAGAACUGACGGGGCGAGAGUGUGUGUAGAGCUAGAUGCUGCGAAAUCGCCGAUCUCUUCAUUCUGGAUUGGGGCUCCUUCAUGCUCUGCGAGUCGUAGACUGGAGGUGAUUUAUGAAACUUUACCGGCUUUUUGCACUGAGUGUAAAUUACAGGGGCAUAAUUUAAAGACGUGUAAAAGAGGGAAGACAGGGAAGGAAAAGGAGAAGAAAAAUGUUCGUCUGGAAUAUAGAGAAAAGCCGAAACAAUUGGAAUCCUCGGUUCCAAAUGGUGCAAAUACAGAGUCACAGGAAGCGGUGGCUUUAUGUAAGGAAGGAAAGAAUUCGAGUGAUUUGGUGCUGGUUAGUGAUGUUCACCCUAUUCUGCGGGAAGAGGAGGAAGGAGUUAUUUUCUAG